AUGUAUUUUUGGUAUGCCCUAAGUAUAAAUUCGCAGAAUGUCAAUAUUGAAACACAAAUUAUUAAUACAUUACAUGAUCUAAAUGAACAUAUAUUGAAAACCGUCGAUUUUACACAAAAUUCAAAAUAUGUUAAUGUUUCUUUCUCUUAUUCUUAUUCAAAAGAAAUACGUUCAAUCAUUGAUAUGAUUAUGAAAGAUAAUACAAUCAUACUUGUUACUUCAUUCAAUAAAACAUCAAUUCGUCUUUCGAUUAAUGAAUCUAAUUUUGAGAUUUCGAAUGAAUCUUGUUUUGUUAUUGAGAAUAUGCCAUGCUGUGACUUUAAUGAAACUGUUGAGAAGUAUAUUCAUGAAUUUAUAAUUGGUUAUUUUGGUUAUACAUAUAUUAAAGAAGUUCAACUUGGUGGUAUUAUACAACAAACAAUUGUUAUUACACAAAACGAUCGUAUAAAUUUAGAGAAAAAUGGAUUUAAUAUAUCGAACCAUGUAUGGAUGAGAGAUGUUGCCAAAGAACUUUUUUCAAUUCAAAUGAAAUUAAAUCGAACACAAACAUAUGAUAAAAUGUUAAUGAAUAUUUCUAAUAAGUAUUUCACUAAAAGAAAUGUUAUGAUAUAUGGUGGUAAUAUUUCAAUAAAAUCGUUUGAUGAUUGGUAUAAGUCAGUAUUAGAUAAUCCAGUCCUUGUGAAAUUUAGUAUUUCUACUAUUUUUGAAUUGUUAACGAAUGGUCAUUUUCCUACUGAUUCAUAUAUUGUCCAAAAAGCUGCAUUAAUCAAAUUAGCUGUUGAUCGAUAUUUAUCAAAUCGAGUAUAUUGUUAUAAUCAAUGUACGGAUACUAUACAUGGAACAUGUAUUGAUAGUGGCUUUUUCCAAUUUGGUAUCUGUCAAUGCAAAUCGAUGUGGACAGGAUUUGACCGUGCUACUCCUAUUCCACAUUAUAUCGAUACACUUCACAAUAGUGUAUUACCAAUUUGGAAAACUAGAGCAGGAAGAAAUAGUUAUCCAGCGUCAAUAGGUUAUGGAAAAGGAGGAAUGAUACCAACAGAGAAAGUUUCGAAUAUUUUUGAUCACAAUAUUCAUACUAAAUAUAGAAGUUUUGGAUCAGGAUCAAAUAAUAUCAUGAGUCAAAAAACUGGUCUAAAUACAGGUUUUUAUCUUACACUCAAUGCUGGCAUUUGUAUUGUAAGUGGAUUUCAAUUUACAACUGCAACUAGUCAUCCAAACCGAGAUCCAAUAAUGAUUACACUUGAAGGAAGUAAUGCUGACAAAUCUUUGUUAACAUUUAGUAUCAGUUGGUCAUUGAUAUACAAUGGAUCAAGUGGACUUGAAAGUGAUCCAGGUCGAGGUAAAAGAGGUGUUCUUCAAAUAUUCAACAAUAGUCAACUUUAUCGAAGCUAUCGUCUAUUGGUUGUAUUAAAACGAGGAGUUGAAAGUGGAGUACAUUAUUCGGAAUUUCCAUUCUAUGGUCAUUCAUGUUUGCCAGAAUCGCAUAGACGAACAGAAAAUAUGGUGAAGAUAGCGAUGACACAAACGACAAGUGCAUAUAUGACAGUUACCAGUGAUUAUUCGCAGCCAUUGAUAUCAACAACAUCAAUUAAUAUGAAUAUGAAAAAUACGUUUCCUAACCAAACGAUUGAAGCAGGUAGAACAAGUUCCGUGUCAUAUAUUAGUAGUGGAACUGGAAUAUCCCAAUCGUAUUUCGACAUCGCUUAUAGAUUCAACACAAUGAUGGUAAAUAUGGGACAGGGAACUUACGUUACCAAUGUGAAUUUUUCCGGACCAGAAGGUCAUAUAGGAGUAUUACUCCCUCCAACAAAACCAUUUAGCAAAGAUAUCGAUUACGUAUUCUACUUUUUCGGCGGUCCUGGUAUCUUGCCGCCCUUGAUCAAUAGCUUCAUUGCUGCUAAUCUUCCAGCUAUUGUCGCGUAUGUGUCCACUAAUUCACUCUCUAUUAAUCUCGAUGAUGCUAUAAAAUUAACCAUAAAAAACCUUGAUCUCACUCCGCAAUCAAUCUAUUGCAGUUAUGCUGCUCUAUCACCAGUCGAUUAUCAAGAAAACAAUCUACAGUGGUACAUCAAUAUGAUCCUCAACUUAAAUGGUAAGAUUUUUGCUUCUAUAAUGUAUCAUGGCAUGAGUAUGGAUUUUAAUGUAACUCUCAGUGCCGCUUCCAUGUUGAUGCAAACAACAAUCAACAUCAGUGAACAUCAAGGUUUCUCUUGUAUAGCAACACGGUUGGCAUUUCCAUUCAGAGUUUCAGUAUUAAUAAUGAAUUUGUAA